UUUAAGCGCUCGACGUGUCGGACCGGUCCGUCAGGUUUGGAGCAGGGGCAGAGCAGGUGAGGCAGCGGGGGCAGGAAGGGGCGGGGAGCCGCCGAGCAGCUCUCUACAAGCAGGAAGAAGAGGAAAACAUGGUGCGGUGACAACUCGUACGGACACCGACCAACAACAGGAUUCACCUUUUAAUAUCAGACUGCGAAGGAGACGGAAGAUACUUGAGGCGGCAAGAUGAGUAGGCGCCGAGUAAACUCCAGUGGGUCCCUGCAUCCUGACGAUGAGGUCAUGCCGUACAGUGACGAUGAGACGGACGACGAGCUGGACGCUAGCUCUGAAGAGGAGGAACCAGAGGCGCCGCCAGGAGCCCCACAACCCCCGGUGGAAGUCAAACCCAGUGAGAUGGGCUGGAAGGUGAAAGCCAACGACCGACCUUACCACCACCUGCCAGAGUUUCAGAAAAAAGUCUUCCUCUGCUUUAAGAAGAGCAGAUACUCUGGAAACGCCAUCAAGACGUACAAGUACAACGUCCUCACCUUCAUCCCCCUCAACCUGUACGAGCAGUUCAAGAGAGUGGCCAACCUUUACUUUCUGGCGCUAUUAAUCUUACAGAUUAUUCCAGAUAUUAGCACACUGCCCUGGUACACCACUCUGAUUCCUCUGGUCGUGGUGCUCGGAGUCACCGCCAUCAAAGACCUGGUGGACGAUCUGGCGCGACAUAAGAUGGAUAAAGAGAUCAACAACAGGAAGUGUGAGGUCCUGCUAGAUGGAAGGUUUCAAGAAUCAAAGUGGAGGGACAUCCAGGUUGGAGAUGUGGUCCACCUAAGGAAGAACGACUUCAUCCCGGCUGACAUCCUGUUGUUAUCAAGCUCUGACCCAAACAGCUUGUGCUACGUAGAAACAGCCGAACUCGACGGAGAGACGAACCUGAAGUUUAAGAUGGGACUGAGAGUGACUGACGAGAGGCUGCAGCAUGAACGACAGCUGGCUGAGUUUAACGCUCUGAUCGAGUGCGAGGAACCGAACAAUCGCCUGGACAAGUUUGUGGGGACGAUGCUGUGGGACAGGGAGCGUUACCCUCUGGACCUCGACAACAUGCUGCUCCGAGGCUGCAAGAUCAGGAACACGGAGCAUUGUCACGGACUCGUCAUCUUUGCAGGUGCUGACACUAAAAUCAUGAAGAACAGUGGAAAGACGAGGUUCAAGAGGACCAAGAUCGAUGAGCUGAUGAACUACAUGGUUUACACAAUCUUCGUGCUGCUGAUCCUGGUGGCGGCUGGCCUCGCCAUCGGUCACACCUUCUGGUACGAAGAGAUCGGCUCGAAGGCCUGGUAUCUGUUCGACGGCAAAAACCAUAACUCCUCCUACAGAGGCUUCCUCAGCUUCUGGGGAUACAUCAUCGUCCUCAACACCAUGGUGCCCAUUUCUCUUUAUGUCAGUGUGGAGGUGAUCCGUCUGGGUCAGAGUAAAUUCAUCAACUGGGACCUGCAGAUGUACUACGCAGAGAAAGACACACCAGCUAAGGCUCGAACCACCACCCUGAACGAGCAGCUGGGUCAGAUCGAGUACAUCUUCUCCGACAAGACGGGAACUCUGACGCAGAACAUCAUGCAGUUCAAGAAGUGCACCAUUGCUGGACGCACCUAUGGUGAUCCGACCACGGCUGAAGGCGUGACGCUGGACAGAGGAAGGCCCGUGGACUGGAGCUGGAACCAGCAGGCUGACAAAAAGUUUGAUUUUAUGGAUCACUCUCUGGUUUCCUGUGUGCGAUCCAAGAAGGAUAAAGACGUCUCCGAGUUCUUCAAGCUGCUCUCCCUCUGCCACACCGUCAUGGUGGACAACAAAGACGGUGAACUGGUGUACCAGGCAGCUUCUCCUGACGAGGGCGCUCUGGUGACGGCAGCGAGGAACUUUGGUUACGUGUUUCUGUCUCGAACACAGGACACCAUCACCAUCAAUGAGAUGGACCAGGAGAGCACCUACGAGAUGUUGGCGCUGCUCGACUUCAACUCGGACCGCAAGCGCAUGUCCAUCAUCUUGAAGUUUCCCGAUGGUCGAAUCCGUCUGUACUGUAAAGGAGCCGACACGGUCAUCUAUGAGCGACUCUCGCCCGACUCCAGACACAAAGAAACCACACAGGCAGCUCUGGAUAUCUUUGCCAACGCCACAUUGAGGACGCUGUGCUUGUGUUACAAAGACAUCAGCGCAGCCGAGUACGACGCCUGGUCGAGGAAACACAAAGAGGCUCAGGUCAGCAUGUCUGAAAGAGAUGUUGCCCUCGACCGAGUGUACGAGCAGAUCGAGAGCAACCUGUUGCUGAUCGGGGCGACCGCCAUCGAGGACAAACUGCAGGACGGAGUGCCAGAGACCAUCGCUAAACUGGCCAAGGCCGACAUCAAGAUCUGGGUCCUGACUGGAGAUAAGAAAGAAACGGCCGAGAACAUCGGAUAUUCUUGUUCCCUUUUGACUGAUGACAUGGCGAUCCACUACGGAGAAGAUGUGAAUGAGAAGCUGAGGAUUCGUCAGACCCACCGGAGAAAUGAACCUCAAUCCCUCAACCGCCGGAGGAAGAGACCUACAGAGCCGUUCUUCAACAUGCCCGGAAAAAACGCUCUCGUCAUCACCGGAGGAUGGCUGAACGAGAUUCUUUAUGAAAAGAAGAAGAAACGCCGUCGCCUUCGUCUUCGCCGUCUUGGAAGGCGACCACCUCCCGCCAUCCCUCAGGACAGCCAGCCGAUGGACGACUUGGAGAAGGAGCUGAGACAGAUCGACUUUGUGGACAUGGCCUGCGAGUGCGAGGCGGUCAUCUGCUGCCGUGUCACGCCCAAACAGAAAGCUAACGUGGUGAGUUUGGUGAAGAAGUACAAGAAGGCGGUGACGCUCUCCAUCGGGGACGGAGCCAACGACGUCAACAUGAUCAAGACUGCAGACAUCGGCGUGGGGCUCAGCGGUCAGGAGGGGAUGCAGGCCGUCAUGUCGAGCGACUACGCCUUCGCUCAGUUCCGUUUCCUGCAGCGCCUCCUGCUGGUGCACGGACGCUGGUCCUACAUCCGCAUGUGCAAGUUUCUACGUUACUUCUUCUUCAAGAACUUCGCCUUCACACUCGUCCACUUCUGGUACUCCUUCUUCAGCGGAUACUCCUCACAGAUCGCCUACGAAAACUGGUUCAUCACUCUCUACAAUCUCUGUUACAGCAGCUUACCGGUUCUCCUAGUCGGACUUCUGGACCAGGAUGUCAACGAUAAACUGAGUCUGAAAUUCCCAAAGCUCUACCUGCCCGGCCAGAAGGGGGCGUUGUUUAACUACAGGAAUUUCUUCAUCAGUUUGUUCCACGGCAUCUUCGUCUCGCUCAUCAUCUUCUUCAUCCCGUACGGAGCCUUUCUGCAGACCAUGGGGCAGGACGGAGAAGCGCCCUCAGACUACCAGUCCUUGGCCGUCGUCACCGCCUCGACGCUCAUUUUCACCGUCAACCUGCAGAUCUCUCUGGACACCUCCUACUGGACCUUUGUUAACUGCUUUGCCGUUUUGGGCAGCAUAGCCAUCUACUUUGGCAUCGUGUUUGACAUCCACAGUGCUGGGAUCCACGUCAUCUUCCCGUCAGUGUUCACCUUCACCGGUGCAGCGUCGAACGCUCUGCGCCAGCCCUACCUGUGGUUAACCAUCAUCCUGUCUGUGGGCAUCAGCCUGCUGCCCGUCAUCUGCAUUCAGUUCCUCCAUAAAACCAUCUGGCCGUCCGUAGGAGACAAGGUCCACAGAAACAGGAAGAAGUACGAGAUGGAGAUGGAAGAGGAGGAGAGGAAGACAAAGCCACCAACCUUCGAUCGUGGCCGGCGUUCACGUCGCUCCGCCUAUGCCUUCUCUCACUCCCGAGGAUACGCUGACCUCAUCGCAUCGGGGCGGAGCAUUCGACGGCGCCCGACACCUGUUGGAGCACCGCCGGGCAGCAUCAGAGAGGCCCCCCAGAGAGAGGCUGAGAACAUCUAAGGGAGGGGGGGGGGGCUGAGCAGGAGAGAUGGAGUCAGAGGGGGUCGCACGUAUUCAGGAAAGUGGACAUGUCUUUCUUUUAGUCGUGCAGAAACUCCUGAAUUUAUUUUUGCUCCUCUCUGUGAUCCCGCCUCCUCCGCCCUUUGUGCCUCCUCCGUGCAGACUCUUUAAAAUGAAAAAGGAAAAAAAGCUCACCGAAGAGAUGACCGCCGUUAAACGGGGUUCGAGGUCAUGCAGUGAAUGUGUGACUGACUAUGUUGUUUAUCUCAGGAUCUUUUAAAAUCCAUUAUUUUUCUUAUUUUUACUUCCUACCCAAAAACUUUUUUUUUUGCAGCUGGAUGACGAGUCACAGCGUUGUUUUUUGACAUUCCCAGUUUUAGCACAAAGUCUGCAGAGCACUUGACGUGUGAAUACAGACCCCAGUCGAUUAGUCCGUUAGCUACAUGUAAUCAAACCAAAGCUUCUUUUACUUUAAUUUCCGUCCCUAUAAAUGCAAAUCAACACGUUCUCCUUCAGGUUACAACAAUGCGCUUCAACUGAAAUGUCAAGAUAUCCCCUUUUAAUGUUUUAUUGUUCAUGUUGCGAUGUUACUGUACGAGGCUAUGCAAGGUGGCUGGAUGUGAUAAAAUGUGUGUUAAUUUAAGAUUUCAGUUGUGAAUAGUUCUGUUUUUCUCUUUUGCUUUAAUCAAAUGUCACAAGUGUCCUCACAGAUGGGUUUUGUAGUCACAUAUUUAAAGGACUACAACUUUUUUUUUCCUGCCUUCAGAUCCUGAAAAGGCCUCUUUCAAACCUGGAUGCUAACUCUACGUUGUAUACCUCACUUUUUGUCAUGUAAAUACUCUCUAUAAGACUUGCAUGUCGUCUUCCUUCAGCUGAAAAUAUUUUUUGUGUUAACAAAUCACCAACUGUAAAGUCAAGGGCUCCUUAUCUGAACUGGGGAAUAAACAACAGGAAGGUUUAUCCACAUUUAAGGAAAUCUUUGAACUCCAUUCUUCUCUCUCUUUAAUUAUCAGCUUCUUAAAAGUUGAUUCAUAAAUGCUAACUAAUGAAAAUAUUAUCAAUGACGAUAUUUUGUGUGUGAUGAUGGUUGUUCAAAGCUAACCCAAGGAUGUGUUUUUUGUUCUUUUAACCAGCUUUAUGAUGCUGCACAGAGAUAAGCCAAAGGGGACACAUUCCUGUUCUGACUGUUACCGUAUGCAGACAAUGUCUUUUUAUCCCUGAAUGAAUGGAGGCAGUAGAUGAGGACUGUUGUUGUGAUUGGUUCAGCAGCAGUGUGCUCUCUGUCUUAUGACGGUGUUUUAUCAAGUGGUUGUUAAUAAAAGCCAGGCACAUUUAACAAUCUGAAA